CGAAAUAGCUAAUGCUAAAUUUAUGGAAAUUAGCUGUCAGUGGCCUAUAAUAUUAAAAAAAAAUGAUGCAUUGGAAAUACACGAACAUUUAGAACAUCAAAAGAAAAGAGGGUUAGAUCUCAUUUAACAAAAAAAUCAAAUGAUUGAAAUACUAAAACGUGAUUUAGCUGAAUCAGACAAUAGAUUUUUACAAGAACAGGCAGCUCAAUGUGAAGAUGUUCGAAUUUUACAAGAAAGGAUUGAAAAUCAAGUGAAAUUCAUUAGAAAACAAUACAAAAAUCAUAUUCAAUACAUAAAGUCAACUAUGGACCAGCAGCGUGAAUAUAGAAUUGAUAAUGCUAAUAAAGGUUGGGAAACCCUUUACAAUAAAACAAUAUUGAUUGAAACCGAUUCAUUAAAUAACCGUUUGGCAAUGAUCGAAAAGAAAGAAAAUAAUAUAAUGAAACAAUAUGAGAUGAACGAAGAAAUAAUCAGAAAUUUAAAAUCCAACAUGAAUACAGAAUUGAACUACAUACAAAGAGAAUUUGAGUUAAUUAAACUUAAAUGUGAAGAUAAUGUGGAGAAACUAAAUUAUAAUUAUCAAGUGCUAAAAAGACGAGAAGAGGAAAAUGCUUGUGCAAAAGCCACCCAAAGGAGAAAGAUCAAUAAAUUACAGGAUAUUUUAUCAACAAAGAAGAAGAUUUUAAGAGAAAAUAAAACUGAUUUCCAAGCCAAAGUUCCUUUAUUACAGGAUGAAAUUGAAAAGUUGAAACAAGAUAUUGAGCGACAAGAAAAAAAGGCAGAACGAUUUGCAGAAAUCCAAGAGAAGACGUACAAAGAAUUGUGGGAUUUUUCUCAAAAACAAAUCAAUAUUCAUUUAGAAAGGAUUUUUGAGGUCGAUAAAUUCAUACACGAAACACAAUUAGGUAUUAAUUGGCAGCCUCCACCAAAACUCAAAUAUCUUGACAUAAGCAAUCUUCCAUCUUACAGAACAAAACCAAAUACACCUAGUCAAGAAGGUAUAUAAUUCCUAUGAUUUAUAAAUAUGACUACCAAUAUAGAGGGAUAUUUAAAGGGUUGGAGAUAAA